AUGUACGAGGUAGCGCCGGCCUGGGUCGGCUCGCCGCCUCCCUUUUGGAAGGCUUCUGUUUUACUUUGUCAGGAAAAGUGUCCCCCCAAACGACCGCGACGAAGCUCUUUAGGCACUGAGCAGAACAGACGUUUGUUCCACGAAGCUACCGUGCCAGCAACGCCCCGCCUCGCUGGCAACAGCUCCCGCAGCUGCUUCGACAGCCAAGGGCCAGUCUUUCAUACAGCCCCCCAGCAGACCCGCGGUUCAUUAACGUCUUUGCCUGAAGCGGAUUGGCUUUCCUCGCGCCUGGUUAAAGUGGUCUCAAAAGCCAGGCCGCCAUCCAAGGCUCGACUGGCCGCAGCCAGGCCGCUCCUGCCUUCGAUAGCUCAGCUGGCAGAGCGGAGGACUGUAGGCGUGCCAAAGCAAUCCUUAGGUCGCUGGUUCGAUUCCGGCUCGAAGGAUGAGUGUUUUUCCCUGGAGUUUGCGCCUGCCGUUCCCGUGAGCAUCCUUUUUUGGUCGCGGCAAAGACUCUGCGACCUGUCAUGCAGACAAGCUCUGCAUAGUUCUUGCCUGAAGGAUCCCAACAACAGGGCCGGGGCGCUUUUGCCCUGUAACCUGCAUUGGCAGGCAUGGCUGCAAAGUGAGGACACCUACGGGUCACCGCGGCGACAACCCGUUUUCGAAAAAGGCUCUCGGCCCGUGCCAGAAGCACUCAGCUGUGCGUUGGCCGGGAAUCGAACCCGGGUCAACUGCUUGGAAGGCAGCUAUGCUCACCACUAUACCACCAACGCCACACUGGCCUUGCGCGCCUGCCGCUCCUUGGCCGCUGCAUUGUCACCUCCGGAUAAGAGGGCCAAG